UUGGCAUGUCACGGGACGGAAAGAAUAUAAAGAAAAUGAUCAUUAUGCAGUAAAUAAGUUCGAUUUGGUCAGAGAGAUGAUCAACAGGCAGCUCGGCAAUGGAUGAUGGAGGCCCAUCUCUGCUUGAUGUAAUCAGUGAUCCACUCCUUCUUCAAUCUUUUCUUGAAGGUGAAACACAAAAUUUGGGAAAAACUCAAGAAGAUGGAAAAGUAUCAAAGUCAAUGAUAUCCACAUCUCAGCUAUCUGGUCAAGAGCAUGUAAAGGCCCCUGAAGUUGUACAAAAGCAGGGCCUUUUUCCUGCUGUUGGCCUGAAGCCGUCCUUAGAGUCCAUGGGGUACAGCUUUCAUGGUGCUGUAGUUACAUCAAUGCCCAAUUCUUUAGGGAUGGGAAAUCCCAUGAUAGGUGGAAUUCAAGCUUCCUCUUCAACUAAUACAAUUCUGCGACUUUCUGCUGAUCCAGGUAUGCAGCAAGGUUUUGCUUUAGCAGAUGCAGCAUCCUUACGAGUCUCAUCCUCACCAGUUGUCACAACUUUCCAGUACCUACAAUCUCAAGCAGGCUUGACUGUUCAUCCUACCUUCUCAGCAUCUGGUGCAACCAUUCAUCACAUACCUUCUCCUGGUGGUGCCACUAUUCAUCACAUUCCCUCUUCAGGACAGUCCCAGCACCAUCGACCCUCAUCAGCACCAGCACCGCAGAUUGCUGCUCCGUCUCCUUAUAAUGUGAAAUCUCCAGGUCAAGGCCCUCCUUCAGUUAAUAGUCUGCCUCCUCCAUCUCCAAUUCAACAGAUACGUUCUCCUAAACCACCCCUUGCUCCUUCUCCUGUAUCCUCAUGGUCUCCAGUACCCAGUGCAUCAACUUCAGCCCGUGGGACAGGACUUCCAGUUAAACAGCAGACAACUGGUGCUGUUAAUCAAGUAACUUCAUCUUCAGUCAGUCAGAAACAAAAUCCCGUCAAGGCACAAACUGCACAAGUGCAAGUACCCAAACAACCUGUGGUUCAAAUUCUUACACCUCAACAAAAUGCAGUAGGUAUGCCACGCUCUACUCAUAGCUCUGGUCGUCCCAUUCAACCAAAGCCUCAACAAAUCUUACCAAAGCCUCCUGUUUCUUCUUCUAACCAGUUUUCUGCUCCCCUCAUAAAAUCAAGUGGUGGCAGUGGGUCUCCUUCAGUGCAACCAAGUCAGGGGUCUGUGGGUAUUGGCCUAAAUGCUCCAGUGAGUGGGUCUCCAUUGGUUCUGGGACAAAGCCAGCCUGGAGUGAUAGCUGGUCCUCAGGGAACAAUUGUACUUAAUCAGAUCAUCCCAGGCCUUCCAGGACAAAAUCCUAUAUUGAUUCAAGGAAAUCUGGGAAGCCUGGCUGGUGUUCAGUUAGCUCUUCGACCACAACAUCCUGGUUCUCUCACAGUUUCUAAUCACUCUGCCAAUGUUAUGGCUGCCAAUAAUUCUGCACUAGUAGCAGCUCUCCAGAAUCCUGGUCAACCACCUCAGCACCUUCUGGACCAAGGUAAAAGUCCACUUACAGGACAGCAAACUUUAUUCAUUCCAAAUACUAUAACACAGCAAGGCCUUCCAUCUCAAGGCCUCACCCUUGGGGGCACUGGAAUCCCAACUAAUUCAAUAGUACAGUCUUCAGCUCAUCCACACACAGUUCUAAACACGAGGCCUAACAUUAUUCUGGCUCCGCGUGUCAUGGGUCCUCAGCAAUGUAUUCAGCUUCAGCAAAUUCAAACACCACAAGGACCAAUCACUGUGGCUUUAGCACCUGGACAAACCAUUACAUUGCCACAACUCCAAGCUGCAAUAGGUGGUACAGUCUCCGUUCCAAGUGUUCUUGCACCUGGGCAAGGUGUUAUGCCCAAUUUACCAGUACAACAUCCUUUGUCACAUUCUCUUGUCCCAUCACAACAACCACAGAUACAUGAUAUUCAGAGCCAACAAGUAGUCAGUGGGAUGAAUUCACCUCUUCAAUCCUUUUCACACAAAUCAGAGCCUCAGACUUUUGUUCAAGUGUCCCAAAGUCCUCCUCUUCAGAAUCAACAGGGUAUGAGCCUAACACCAGACACAUCUUCAGAGUCCUCAAAGCCUGCCAAAGUUCCUAGUGUCAAUCUUGCAGAGCUGCUGAAGGAACACGGGAUUCUGGAUUCCACCCCACCAUCUUCUCCAGCAGAAUCCACCACCCAUGAUGAAUCUGAGGCCAAAAGUGAUGCUCGUACUGUGAUAUCUUUACCUUCUUGUACAGCUUUGACUCAAGUUUCAGCCUCUCACAGUAUUUUUUCUUCUACAGUUAACUCACAGGCUUAUUACUCUAUUCCAACCCAAGCUCAGUUUUCCAUGGCUCCAGAUGGCUCCCUUAUCAUGCAACAAGCAAACCAAAUGGCAGGUGGAGCUGUAGAAACAAGUGUGGUAAUGAGUUCACAAUGUAGCAAUACCUCUGCAUCUGGCAAUCUUGCUAUUCCAAAUUCUGGAAGACUCCAGAGUGGUCAUUCUGCUUUGCUUGAAAGACUUAAUGCAGGCCCUGCUGUUCAAGUGCCAGAUGUGGUUACAUCAGUGGCACUUGCUUCUUCUGAAAGUUCCACAUUGUCAUCAACAGCUAGGAACAGUUGUCUGUCUUCUGGUGCUACGCUGCUUCCUCUGACAGUUCAGAACAUCAAUAACAACGUAGUUUCUGCUAGUGGUCAGAUCCAGUCAGGUUAUGUGACUUUGCCUAUUAUUACCUCUAGUACAGACUCUAAACUAUCUGCUGUAUCAGCAGUUCCUUUUACCACUAGUUGUGCUACAACUAACACAGUACUCACUGCUGCUUCCAUAUUAAGUGAUAACAAUAUCAAUCAUUUACUUGUUGGUGUUCAGCCAGUUCAACUUCCUGGUAACACAGGGCCCACAUUAGUAGCAAAUGUGAAACAGUCUAUACCGGUUCCUCCAGGAGUUUCAGGGAGUGUGGUAGUGACACCUUCAGUAACUGAUACAAGCUCAGAUGUCUCUGUUGUCUAUAAUAACCCUGUGCAGAAAACCUUGUCCACUUCCAGCCAACUCCAAAGCUUGCCAGACUCAAACAAUAGGAACACAGGAGGUCCUUCUCAUCGAGGACAGACAAUUCCUCUGAAUCUAAGAAGCCAACAGGUAUUUAAAAGGCUGCAAGAGCAGAUUGGAGAGUUGUUGUCUAACAAGUCACCCUCUCCACAUCAACGGCAACUGUUACAGCAGUUAUUAAAUCUUCAGCAAAAAAUCAUAGUUCAAGCUCAGAUGGUACAAUCACAUCAGAAUGUACCCCAAGUGCAGCCUUCACUCAGAGUCAUAGCCCCUGCAUUGCCAAAUGUCUCAUCUACAGUUCAAGCACAACCAUCAAAUAUUGCCAGUGUUAAUGUGCCAACUCAGGUCAGAAUUGGGAACCAGAUAAUAACCUUGGCUCCCCAGCAGUGUCAACCCGUCCACACGUACCAGCAGUCACAGAGAGGAAUAACUCCUGAACAACAACAAGCAUUUAUAAAACAACAACAAAAUCAACAAGCCUUGGUUUUGAAGCUACAAAAACAGAAUCUGCAGCCACAAUUGUCUCAAGCAGAUUCUUCAUCAAGUCAGCUUACAACAUCUGUAAGCAUGGCUAACCAGUCAGUUGCCUUAAAAAAAAUAAUCCAGAUACAGACUAUACCAAGACCAUCUCUGCCCACUGUUUCCAGAACAACCCUGUUUCAACAACAGCUGGCACGUGACCAUGAGUCAGUGACAAAGCCAGACAUUAAGAGAGCAUUCAGCUGUGGGGAAGAUUUAUGUAAAAGGCUUCUGUGUUACCAUGUGUAUGAUACAAAAGUUCCAGGAAAGGAGGAGCUACAAAAAGUAGACAUCAUGUUUGAAAGAGUCUCACAACAACUUCUUGAAAAAAGCAGAAAGAUGGUCAACAAAUAUUGUUACCUGCUUAUGAAAGAUAGCAUGAGAAUAUGUUCUAACCCUGAAAGAGUGAUGCUCGAAAGGCUUUUUAUCCAGGAUGAAAGACAAGCACUGAAAAGAGAUAGAGAAGCUAUUUCAGCAGGGAAGGAUCUCAGUCUUCAAGUCCCUGAAUUACAUUCCAAAGCACUACCUGAUGAGACUAGCUUAACAGUAAAGCAAGAAUUUACUAAUUCUCAGGUUGAUGAGCCCUCUACACCACCACCAAAGGAGGUUAAUACAACAGUAAAGCAAGAAAUUGUCGAGUUUCUUGAGUGUCAGGUUGGCACUUCCUCUACAUCAGAAAGUUUGAAGUGUAAUAUGGAAGAUCGUUUACAGGCUUCAAAAGAACGCUUUGACAAACACACCAGUGGCAUGAACAAACAUUUUCAGUGUCAUAAACAACUUAAAGAAGAAAGGGUUUUAGAAAGUGAAAAGUAUGAAAUAAAGGAAGUAACUAAAUCUAACACACCCAUUCUUCAAAACCAGAGUUCUCUGUUAUUGUCAUCACAGAAUAACAGUAGAAAAAGAGAAAAUUCUUCAGAUCCUCAUGAAGAUGAUAUAAUGACAAAAAUUAGAAAAGAACUCAAUAUUUCUCUACUAGAUGAAGAAGAAGAAGAAGACCAUGAACCUGAUCCUGGUCAUAUAGACUUUGAUUUUGAACCACCCGUGAUCCGAAGAGAGGAAGCUCGAGAGAAAGCAAUCAUUAAAUCAUAUAGUGGCGUAGAGAGGGAAUUAAAUCUUGAAUAUAAUUUCUCAGCUGUAAAUGGAACUUGUGUGUGGCCUGUUUCUUAUUCUGACUCUAGAAAUAAGCAUGUGACACAAACAGAAUCAGGUCUGGAAAGUAUUCUAACCAGUCGUGACCAUGAGCCAGAGCUGGACCUGUCAGGUAUAGAGGGGUUAGAUGCCCUUGAGGAUCAUCACAGAGACCUUCAUAAUGGACUUUCCUCCGAAAUAGAUGAUGUGUCAAUGGAUGGGGAAUUAACAUAUGAGAAGUUAAGGCAUCACGAUCAGCGGACGAGCAGUAGUCAUAUAGGGUUUAAUGAAAUUCCAUCCCAUACUGAUAGAGAGGAAAGUGAUGAGUUAAAUGCUCAAGUGCAGAGUGCCAUUAAAAGUAUUCUAGAACUUCAAUCAUCAGAGAGUCGUUCCUAUUACAGUGAUGGUGAUGGUGAUUUUAUUUCUCACAUGUACAACCUAGAAGGCCUCAAUUCACAGAGAGACCCAAGUGUCACAAACUAUGAAGUUAAUCUAACCUCUGACAUGGAAUUAACAAGUGAAUCUGAUGCAGCAAUAGAUGAAGCAGUGCAGAGUAUACUGUUUUAAUGCCUUAAUUAUAUACUGUGUAAUUUUGUGAGAACUCCCUUUUUGCCUUCCUUUGGUCAAGAAUACAAGAAUGUGACAGUUUAUUUCUGUUACAUUUUCUUUCACUAUUAAUUGAGUCUCCACAUUUUCAUAAUGAUCUGACUUACAUUUUGUCUUACUAAUCAGUUAUCAAACUACUUUUAAUUCUUUUGCUUCUAAAUAUUUUGUAUUUGCCUGACUGUCAGUAUGUGCAAUUAAUGAUGUAGGGGGGAAAUGUGCAACUGGUUUUUACCUGAAAGUAUUAAUUUUCAGAUAUUCACACUUAUUUUCUAUAUAAUUGUUAUCAUUCAGUCUUAUUUUUGUUUUUGAGAAAGAAUAGCUACAGAACAAAUGAGUUUGAAGAUCAGUAUAUUUUAAUUUACAUUUAUUGACGUGAUUGUUGUAUGCUGUAUUAGAGUUCUAACCUUAGAAAGCUAGUUUUUAACUAAUUGCAAUUAAGUGUUAAUCUACAUUUCAGUUUUAGGUUAAGCUAUUGACACUUCCUAGGUUUAAAAUAUUAAAAUAAUGAAAUUUUAAUUUAUGUAUACCAUCAGUAGAACAACUAGCUUCAAAAUAUUAUGAAAGGAAAUUACUAUUCAAAGGUGUUAAUAAUGCAAAAGUCCUAUACUAUGCAUUACAGUGAGAGUUUGGGGGUACAUGUCACAGGACAUGCUGUAGCCUGAAUCCAAAAAUAAAAUGUGACAUACAUGUAUAAACAUAUAGAGUAUGUCAUUGAGAACCUUUUUCUAACUAAUGCAUUCACUUGGUUGUUACUUUACUUUGUUGAAAAAUUUGUUUUACAUAAAGGAAAGAGGCUUUAUCAGAAACAAAGAUAAUGUUUAGCAGAAUAACAGUAGGCUGGUGAUGAUAAGAGUAUAAUCUGAUUGUUGGAGUAUUAAAUUAUGAUUUUUCUUCAGUGUAAUAAAAAUAUCCAUUUAUUAUAAGUGGUCAUUAUAAUAGUGUCUGCCUAUGUUUUUUUUACAUCUUGGAACUAAAUAUUAAGCAUUUCUAUCCAACUAAUUUAAAAUUAUUAAAAGUUGUUAAGACAAAAGAAUUAGGUACAUUUAAAAAAAAAUUGAACAUAAUGUUUAUGUCCUAAGUCAUAGUUUUUUGGCUCAACAUGUACAAGUACUUUUGCCCUAAGGAAACUUCCAUAUGAUUAUUUUCAUUAACUUUUGCUAAGUUUAAAAUAUUUUCAACAGUUACAAAUCUUAGUUCUAAACGUUUUUCAUAAUUUUUUUUUCUGAAAAGUAACAUUCUUUAUCUCACACAUUAGCUUUUACUGUUACUUAUAUAUAUUUUUAUACAAUUGAGUAAGUAACUUACAGAAAAAGCUCACUUUAGAGGUGAAACAUUCUGUUGCAAUUUUCAAAUUUUCUGUAACCUUCAGUAACUUAUAGUAGAUGUUACAUAUAUAUAUAUAUAUAUAUACACAUACACUAAAAAUUGUUUUUAAAACAGUAAAACACCAUUGAUGAUAUUUUUUUUUUGUUUACAAAUAAUGUAGCUUUUGCAGUAAUAUUUUUCAUUUGAAAGUAACUAUUAAGGAUAUGAUAUAAGGUUAUGUUGUAUGCACUUGGUGGUUGAACAGAACUUAUUUUUUAUUUACUUGUUUGAUUUGAUCAAGCAGUGAUGAAGCAUGAUUAUAGUUCCUAAUAUUUUAAUAAUCAUUUUUUUUUCUGUUAUCUUUUGGUUUUGCUAAACAUGUUCUCUUGGAAGCGAGAGAUAAAUUACUGCAAGUUGGAUAGGAUAUUAUUUGCAAGGGUAGAACACAAGUUUGUUCCUUAUAAUCAUUGUUUUUUCCACAAGAUUACUGAAUUGUUCAUGUUGAAAUGAAAAUAUUUCUUAAAAUAACUAUGCAUGGAACAUUAAAAAGAAACAUUUCAGUUGGAAAACUUUAUUUUUAAUAAAGGUGGGCUGCGAUGUAUAAUUGAAGUAUAUGUAAUUUUCUUACUUGUAAGAAAUCUUAUUGCUGUGUGUUUAACAUGUUAUUUUUUAGUAACUAUUUAGUCUAGAUGUAUGGAAUUUAUUUAGUUUCUUGAACUGCGUAAGCUGUGUUUCUUUAUGCUGCUUUUAUAUUUAUUAAUAUCUAACCUCAGAAACUAUAAAACAUACAUAACACUUUACAUAUUGAUUAUGUGGUAGAUUAUGUGUACGUUUUAUUCUUUCUUAAAUAUUAUUUUUUGAUUAAAGGAAGGCAAAGGGUGAUUUUUUUACAUUUCUUGCCAAUUUAAGAUAAAAUAUUUAUUUUUGAGAAUAAAAUGUGAAUAAAAAUGAGAUCAAUAUUUGAUUUAUGACAGUUACACAAAUUUAUCAUUUUGCUGUCAUUUCACAUCCAUAGAGCAAAGAAUAUAUUUUUUUCCUUGAUUUCUACAUUUAUGCAUUGUGAAAUUUGUUGUCCUAAAAAUUACAUGGUACUUUUCAGAAAUUCACAAAGGCAAAGAGAAGUAAUAAAUCUGAUUUUAAUAUUGAAAAAGUAUGAAUUCAGGUAAUAAAACCUAUGUGUAGUAAAACUAGUCGCUCCAUUUUGUAAAGUAUUUAGCUAUGAGAGAAAAUGACAAUAAAUCUAUUGACAAAUAAUUUUUAAUUAAAGAGAGAAAUAUGUCUGGAAGGUUUGAUAAUUGUGGAAAAUGAUAUAACUCUUAUUAAAUACAGUAAACAUCAUGCUAGUGAUUUUCAUUUUGAUGACAUAGUCUGUGAAACUUCAUAGCAGUUGUGAAAAAUGCUGUGUUCCUUAUGAUCUAUCCAGUAAUUUUUUUUUUUUUAGAAUAAUUUCAAUCCUAUUAUACAAAAGAGUUAUGUAAUGAUAUUACUUUUCAUUUUUAGUGCUGAGUGUCUGAUGAUUUUUGAUAAAAAGUGUCUACCACUUCAUGGUAAUGUGCACAUGAUAGCGAAUCUUUGUAUGCAUCUAAGAAAUUACUACAUGUUAUGGAAGAACCAAUAUUAUAUUUAAGAUCAAUAAGUUACUUAAUAUGAAGAACUUGAGGUCACAAUUUUUUCUUCCUGUUUCUCUUGGAUGUGAACUACUUGUUAUUGACUUUUCAAAACUGAAAUUUGUCAUAUACAAUUUUUUUUUCAUUCUUUAUUGUCCUGAAGUGAGAUUAUAACUAGAGGCAACUGACUAUGUUAGUAGCCCAAAUGUGAUGUGUACUGCUUAAUUAACGCGUGGAUCUACGUGUCUUUCAAAUCUGUAAAUAUGCACUCCCCCUACUUAUGUGACAAAAGGGGGGAGAUUGGUAUUUGGACCAGAUAAUGAAAAGCUCAUAACAGAGAACGACAGGAUGUACAGUUCAGUAGUUCCCCGCAAGGGGUUGAACUUCCAAAAGUUUGUGGAAAUUGUAUAGCAAAUGGAUGUGCAUUUUUUUACUAAAUUUGUGUAAAUAUUUUAAUAAAAGACUUCUCAAACUGA